AUGCACACCCAUCUACAGCACCUGGUCGUGAAAUGUUCCAAUAAUAUGGGAGGUAUGAAAGAACAGCCGGUCAAACUGAAAGUUGACGAUGAACCCAUUUUCCUAAAACGACGUGUAAUUCCCUACGGCCAACGUGAUGGUGUACUACAGACCCCUGAGAAAAUGGAGCGCGAUGGCAUAAUCACACGAGUCACAUCCAGUACAUGGGCAACGCCAAUCGUUAUCGCAAUCAAGAGUGACGGCAAAACACCACGAAUUUUACUUAUCGAUUCAUACUUCAAAUGGCCUGAAGUGUUUCUAACCAGCGCACCAACUACAUCGUUUGUGAUGCGAGUACUACGAAAGUGUUUCGGUCGAGAGGGUGUGCCUCAAGUGUUGGUGACUGAUAAUGGAUCGGAAUUCUGCGCGGCGGAGUUGAAAACGUGGCUGGGCAGUUUCGGCUGCCGACAUCUACGCACAGCACCACGUCACCCCUGUUCGAACGGUGCAGCGGAAAACCUGGUGAAGACGGUGAAGAGUGCCAUAGCUUCUGCAAAUCCAAGGACAAUUUUCGAGUUGGAGAUACUCCUAGAGAACUUCCUACUGCAAUACCGGAAUGCUGAACAUGCUACCACCAAAGAGAGCCCAGCAAAACUGUUCAAAGCCAGAAGUUUACGUUCCUCACUGCGAUGCGUGGAUUCGAGUGAUGUCAUAUACUUCCGAAGAAACGACUUGCGACCAUCAAGAAGAAUCAUUACCCGCAAGAUUGGUCAAAAUAUGGUCGAGAUCACUGAUCUGAAAGAUGCAACGGUCCAUCGACGACACAUCGACCAAAAUCACAUCAACGAAACUCCAACAUUGAAUCAAGACCGUGCCAAAUAA